UAAAAUCUUCUUCUGACAAUAUGCAUGAUUUACAUGACAGUCACAUAUGCAUAUGUCAAUUUAGGAUUUGACACUGCAGUAUCAUGAACAAUGUUACAUUUGAUUUGACAAAAACCUGAUAAAAACUUUUAGGCUGCUCUAGGUUGCAAUGAUGGAUAAUGUACUAUAACAUAAAUGUUAAUUACUUUCCAGUGUUGGUUCUAAGAGAACACAUCACCAUGUCAGUGAGGAAUCACAGCUUUGUGACAGCGUUUGUCAUCGUUGGGUUCCCUGGACUUCAGCCAGAGUUCUACGGUCUUGCCUCAACUGUAUUAUUCCUUGUCUAUUGCUGCAUUUUAAUAGGAAAUGUUGUUGUUAUUAUCUUGUUUGCAACUCAUAACGUUCUCCAUAAACCCAUGUAUUUUAUCAUUUUGAAUCUGGUUGUGUCUGACGUGCUAUUCAGCACCACCACUUUACCAAAGAUUAUUGCCAGAUAUUGGUUUCAGGCAGGAGCAAUUUCUUUCUUUGGUUGUUUUUUGCAAAUGUACUUAGUUCACUAUUUUGGAGCCGUAACUAGCCUUCUCCUAUUGAUAAUGGCUUUAGACCGAUACGUGUCAAUCUGUUUCCCGCUCAGAUACCCAAUGAUUAUCAAAAACUCCACUAUUCAUAUACUCAAUGUCACUGCGUGGGUGCUUGCACACCUUCCCUCUCUUUCACUGGUAAUUAGGGCCUAUCCUCUUCCUUACUGUGACUCAAACAAAAUCAUGCAGUGCUACUGUGAUCAUAUCGCUAUAACAACGCUUGCAUGCACUGAUAGGGUUCCUUAUAGUUUUCCUGCUUUUGUUGUAGCAAUGGUGGUAUUACUGGGACCUCUUGCUUUCAUUAUAUUCUCAUAUUGCUCUAUUAUUGUGGCAGUUGUUCAGAUUGCGAGCCCCCAAGGUCGCCUCAAAACCCUUUCUACCUGCAGUGGUCAGCUGAUCAUCAUUGCCCUGUAUUUUCUCCCCAGGUGUUUUAUUUAUCUGGCCAGUAAUAUCGGCAUUAGAUUCAGCACUGAUUUACGUAUUGUUGUUAUCAUGUUGUAUAGCCUGCUCCCUCCCAUGAUCAAUCCACUGAUAUACUGUCUAAGAACUGAUGAAAUAAAACAGAUAAUGAUCAAGCGAUUUAGACGAAUACAAGUGCACGUUCAAUAAGAGCG